UCAGAGAAUUCCUGACACCGCCUCUCCCUCGCUCUGUAGAGCAGGGGAAUUCGUUCUUCAAGGACCGAGGCAGACAUUUGUUGUGGAGCUAGGAGUAAGGGAGAGGUCCGCACAGACAGCUCGCUGUUUAAAUGGGUGUAGCUGCCGUAAUUCGUAUUAGUUUUUAGUCCGGGUUCCAAAGCGUUCGGUUAAUCUGCCACCGAAUCCGUUAUGUGAUUUCCCUCGGCUCUGUGGCCUUUACUUUUUUCUUUUUUCUUUUCCGUUAACUUGAUCUCCAAUCUCAUAUAAUAGAAAACACAAGGAUUUUUAUCCAUUGCUAUUUUAGUAUUUUGAGGACAUCGAUACGCAAAGCGGUAGAGGACAGACGCUUCAACUUCGGCCAUUCGAAGACAGACAGCAAAUCACAGCCAGACCCAGAGGAGACGAGACGGAGACCUGACACCGUUGUCUGCCUUUGGCUGUCCAAAGAAGGGUCGCUUCGGACGACAGCGAGGCCGUUGGUGUCUAUUUUCUCUCAAGGGAAGAGGAUUUGAAGGGACAGACUUUACGGAUUUAAAGCAGCUGAAACGGUCUGAAAGGCCGCCCCAACAACGGCCGCCCCAACAACGGCCGCCCCAACCCUCUGAAGAGCUGUGACAACAGAACGGCGGAAGAGGAAAGAAAGGAGAAAAGAGAAGAGAAGAGAAGCAGGGGACACAAAAGCAGAGAGGAGGCCUCCCAGCGAGCGAGGAAGGAGGAGGAGGAGGAGCGAGCGAGCGGCUUUGUGGCUGAGCAGGGGUGCAUGCGGAACCCUCACUCCAACUUCCUCUUUCUGUGUGAGUGACAGCGAACAAAGGCAGGAAUGCGCAAUAAACGGAGAUGUGCUCUGAAGGAGGAGGGGGGCGCUGGGGGAGCCCCGGGCCCCAGGCCGAGGCUGGGCAUGAGCAGGACUAGUGUGAUGACUGUGCUGCUGGGGGUCCUGGUGGCCCUGUCGGGGGCCCGGGCCCAGAGUGCUGCCCAGGAAGACGUGGUGAUCGUCGGGGAGGCGAUGGGAGGAGGAGCCGGUCUUCUGGAAGCCUCCAUGACCUCCUCCCUACUGAUGGACCUGGAGGAAGCCGCCGUCGCCACGGACACCGCCGAGGCCCCGCCCCCGGCCGGGGCGACGGCCGCGCAGACGGCAGCUUUCCCAGACUCCUCAGCGGUGGUGGGCCGUGCGUUCCAGAUGAAGCUUCCUGCCAAGAUGUCCGAUCACCCCGAGAGCAGCGCAUUCAAGAUUAGGGAGUCCGGCAAGGCAACGCUUCCAGGCUGGCUUCACUGGGACCCUGCCACACUCACCCUGCUGGGCCUGCCCCUGGAGGAGGAUAAGGGGGUUACCUACAUCUCCGUGACCCACCCCAACCAUGACCAGGAGGUCUUCUCCAUCGAGGUCCACCCUGAGGAACAUGCCGACACAGAUCAGGUCCAGCUGGCUCUCCAGACCUCCACCAAUGACGUCCAGCCGUUCUUCUGUUCCAACGAGGAACCCAUCACCGUCCUGACCAUCAUCCUGGACGCCGACCUGACCAAGAUGACCUCCAACCAGAGGGUGGCGCUGCUGGCCAGCAUGCAGAGUUUCUCCGGGGUGGGUCUGCAACAUAUGAAGGUCCUGCCUGUGGUCAACAACCGCUUGUUCGACAUGUCGGCCUUCAUGGCCGGGCCGGGCAAUGCCAAGAAGGUGGUGGAGAAUGGGGCUCUGCUAUCCUGGAAGCUGGGCUGUUCCCUGGACCAGAGCUCCGUGCCCAACAUCAGCAAGGUCCAGAUUCCAGCCAAAGAGGGCACCAUGUCUGCCCGCCUGGGCUACCCUGUGGUGGGUUGGCACAUCGCGAACAAGAAGCCCCACGUCCCCAAACGAGUGAGGCGCUAUCUCAACAACACGCCCACCCCCGUGUUGACGGUCCUACCCCCUACCACCCUGGUGGAGCCCCCUGUUCGCAUCGUGCCCACCCUCACCUCACCUUCCAUUGCCGCCCCCUCCGAGAGCUCUGCCCCCCCAGUACGAGGGCCAGUACCCCUGCCCGGCAAGCCCACUAUCCGCAUCCGCGACUCCAUCUCUCACACCCCGACCGUGGGACCCCUCCUGCCCACCCGGAUGGUAGAGUCCACCAGCACCGUCACCAUCCAGCCCACCAUGACCCGACCCACCAUCAUCGAGCCAACGGCCACGCCUCCCAGCCCGACCACCAGGAGGCCCACCAAGAGGCCCCGCAGACCCAAGACCACCCCGGUGCCCAGGGAGCCCAAGACCACCACGCCCAAGCCCGCCAGACGCACCACGCCCGCCCCCUUCAUCCCGGACCCCAGCAACGAGAAACCGGUGCUGCGCAACCCCAUCGACCAGGUCAACGCCUGGGUGGGCACCUACUUCGAGGUGAAGAUCCCUUCGGACACAUUCUUCGACAGGGAAGACGGCACCACGGACAAGCUCCGCCUGACCCUGAGGAAGAACCACAACGAGCUGGUGGGAGACGACUCCUGGAUCCAGUUCAACAGCACCAGCCAGCUGCUGUUCGGUCUUCCUGAGUCCAACGCCAUGGGCAAGCACGAGUACUUCAUGCAGGCCAUGGACAAAGGAGGCCUGAACGCCAUCGACGCCUUCGAGGUGCGCGUCAACCACUGGGCGUCCAACAACAAGUCGCCCGUGCUGUUCACCGCCCGCUUCCAGGGAGAGCCCCACACCGUCACCGGAGACAUCCACAAGAAGAUCCUGCUGAUCAAGAAGCUGGCCUACUCGUUCGGAGACCGCAACAGCAGCAUCAUCACACUGAGGAACAUCACCAAGGGCUCCAUCGUGGUGGACUGGACCAACAACAGCCUGCAGCAGAGCCCGUGUCCCCGCGAACAGAUCGACGCCAUGAGCCGACGCAUCUCCGACGCUCAGGGACGCCCUUCUCAGACUUUCGUCAACGCCAUGGAGCCGGACUUUAAGCCGCUGGGAAUCACAGUCAAGGGCACAGGAGCCUGCAGGAGCUUUAUGUUUGUUCCCCCGAGAGAGAUCGUCAUCCCAGAGCCCCCAGCCGUCACGCCGGCGCUAGGCACGGGCCGCCAGAGCACCGACGACGUCUACCUGCACACGGUCAUCCCCGCGGUGGUGGUGGCCGCCAUCUUGCUGAUCGCCGGCAUCGUGGCCAUGAUCUGCUACCGCAAGAAGCGCAAGGGAAAGCUGACCAUUGAGGACCAGGCCACCUUCAUCAAGAAGGGCGUUCCCAUCAUUUUUGCCGACGAGCUGGACGACUCCAAGCCCCCCCCAUCCUCCAGCAUGCCCCUGAUCCUCCAGGAGGAGAAGCCCCCGCUGCCCCCCCCAGAGUACCCCAUGGGCAGCCCCGAGACCACGCCCCUCAAUCAGGACCUGCUGGGGGAGUACACGGCCCUACGGGAUGAGGACCCCAAUGCCCCACCCUACCAGCCUCCACCCCCCUUCACCACCCCCAUGGAGGGGAAGGGCUCCCGGCCAAAGAACAUGACCCCCUACAGAUCUCCACCCCCCUACGUGCCCCCCUAAGACCCGCCCACACCUCCUGAGGAGGACACCAGAGUACUGGGACAAAGCCCAGUCUGCUCUGAUUGGAUACCAGGGGGGAGGAGAGCUCUGCUAUUGGGGGACUUGGGUUGGGAGGGAGGGGUGGUGAUUAGGAGGAGGAGUUGAGAGAGCUGGGGGGAGGAGCUAGGGGGAAGCUGCCUACGGUAGCCCAUCAGGACAAACUUCAGUGUGUCUGGUGACAAGAGGCUACCGCUGGCGGGACGGCUAGCUGUGGGACACGCCCUCUCCUGUUCCGGCGCUUUCUCUGUUUGUUUGAACAGGCUUUCAGUUUCUGUUUUUGUGUGUCUCUUCAAGGUUUCUCGUUUAGUUUUUUGGACUGACUUCAAAUCAAACUCCUUUCCUAACACCACCGUUUUUAUCUUUGUUUUAAACAAUACAAGACAAACACAUCGCAGGCUAACUGCUUUUAAUGGGGAGUACUCUCUACCUGUCAGGACAGACCUGUGAGGAUCUAGACACGCCCCCUUCACGCAUCACUCGGGCUGCAGUACUCAGAUCCAGCUAGGUCUGCCGCCUUUUAACACUAGUUGUACGUUUUUUAUCCUUAUUCACUCGUCUAGUGGAGAUCAGCAUAACAAGGUAGUCUAAACAGAGAUAGAAAUUAUUAAAUGAUAUAUGAUUUGUUUUGUUCUUUUUCGAUUGUUUGUUUUCAUUUUUUUGAGAUCCACUGUAUAUCUGGAAGAUGUUCUGAUAAGUAGUGUUGUUUUGUUGGUGGUGGAUAAGGAGUGACUGAAAUAGGCUGCAGGAGAUCUUUUUUACCCUAAGUAGAACAGCAUGGUAGGUGUGUCUGAUGGUCAGCACAGAGUAGACUGUCGAAGUUGCCAUCUUUUGUAGGGGUCAAGCUGUACAAGCCUCCGUGUCUGGAAGAUCAAACAACCAGGUUAAGGCCAACCAGGUCUAAGUCCACGUCUUGGUGACCAGGCUUUGAGGUGCACAGUUUUUUCUUAAUGGGUUGUCGAGUUGAUCUGGGUUCAACGGAAGCCUCCUCGGUAUCGACUCUUAGCGCCAAACAAGACAUCCCACUGAUCCCUUUGCUGUGAAUGAUCCUCCUUACAUGCCAUUCUGAAUGCCAUUUUGCCUUUUCUGGUGAAGCGUCGAAGUGUCUUCUGUACAUAUUUGCUCCGUCUGUUGAAACCUUAUUUAUGUCUCUGAGAAUCAGAUGUGGGGAAAAAAAGACUCCUGCAGUUUAUUUUAGAGAAGGGGUGAUUAUUUUUUUAUGUAGUGUUGCUCUGGUUCUCGCCAGCUAUGGAGAGAAGAGUUCAGUGCUAUCAAGAUGAUCCCUGAAGGGAUGUACACAUUUUAUUCACAGCUUAGAGGUCACAUUUGCAAGGAGAGAAUAAAGAAAGGGAGGAUAAGGAUAGGAAGACAAUGAGAAACGAGCGGGAGUUUCCAAAAUAAGAUCAUUCGACAAACACUGACAAAAGGGUCGAUGAAAAACUCUAGUUUUUUUACAAAGUUUUUGAUACAGCCUCCAAAUCGUUUGAUUGAAAUAAAACAACAACAAAAAAACUACGAUUAAUGAAUAGUCUACUGCAAUUUGUAAAAUCUUUAGCUUAGAGAAUUGAUUGAGUUACGUACACCUUUUUCCCUGUAUCAUAUAUUUCAAAGUGUUUUAUUUUUGUGUGUUGGCAUAUCAAAUUUAAAUGUAUGUUCUGCUAUACAGUCAGAAUGACCCAAUUUAUGUAAUCACAAGUUUAUUUUUGUCAUGUUUGCUAUUGAGUUUUGACUGAAAGUGACCCUUUGCAAUAAUGUACGACAGUCCUGUGGUGGCUGUUCAAUACAGGUAGAGAAAGAUAUAAAGAAACAUCAGCACUCCGUUUGCUGUCUGAACAAAAUGUGACAUGGUGAUACAUGUGCCGGUGUCAAAUAACACUUUUAGUAUCGUUUAUAGAAAGUGUUUUACCACAGAAGCCAAAUGUUUAGGUACGUAAUCCAACUUUAUCACAAGCACGCUCAAAUACCCCCACCCACCCACCGACCCACCCGCCAGAAUUGUGGAGUGUGUCAAGUUGUUCCCAUGCGUGCGUACAUCAUGGUAUAUAGAUUUAUUUUUAUGGAUGAGCUUUGGUCAUAAUCAUUUUCUAAUGCUUCCACUUAACCCCCCUGUUGAUGAAUCGAUACAGCCUGGGGUGGAUGGAGGUCUCCGACAAACGCACCCACUCCUGUGACCUCACAGCCUGUCUGUCACCUCACAGCCUGUCUGUGACCUCACAGUCUGUCUGUCACCUCACAGCCUGUCUGUGACCUCACAGUCUGUCUGUGACCUCACAGCCUGUCUGUCACCUCACAGUCUGUCUGUGACCUCACAGCUUGUCUGUGACCUCACAGCACGUCUGUGACCUUACAGCACGUCUGGGGCCUCUGUUUGUACUUCUGGCUGGGAACAAACCCAGAUGAAAAUGUUUGAAAUUUGAAACCGCAACCCUCAUUAAAAGGUUAACAUGUCAA